AUGGGUAAACGAGGCCGUAAACCAAUGAAAAUUGAUUCCAAUACACAAUUAGAAAAGAGUCGUGAAAGUGCUCGACAAUGUCGUCGUCGAAAAAAACUUCGUUAUGAAUAUUUAGAAGAACUUGUUAUUGAUCGAGAAAAAGCAAUUACUAAAUUACAUGAAGAAUUACGACGUCUUCGUUCAGUUUGUCAACAAAUAGAUCAACAUGAAAUAACAAAUGAAAUACGUCAAGAAUUAAUACAAUGGAUAGACGAUGCUGAAAUUAAUAAUCAAACUCAAUAA